AAUGUAAACAAAGCAAUUCUAUUUCCUUUGCGAUUGCAAUUUCGGCAUGCGUAAGUGACAAAAGCAGUCUAACAAAAUUAUUGUGCUAGUAUUGGUACUAAAAAAAUUUUUUGUCUUUAAAAACUGUUUCAAAAAAGAAAAUUUGUUCGGAAUAACAAUUACUAAUUCUUGUUUCUUUAUAGUAAGGAAAAUUUUAAUUCAUACUUCAUUGCACACGCCGAUACCAAUCACAGUUACAACCCUUCAAUAUCGCUUUAUUUGAAAAUGUCGUUUUACGGUGGUGGAAAUGGAUUUUAUAGCGACUAUCAAUUCCCCAUUAUGGAUAUAGGGCCACUAAAUGUUGCUUUAAAUACUGUUGCUGCUACGAAACGUGAAGAUAGCAACCUCUAUACCAUUAUCGGGACACAUAACCAAGUGAAAACUGCUACAAAGCUUGAAGAUAGCAAUAUUUAUAACAUUAAUGGCGCGCGUAACCUAGUGAAGCCUAUUAUAAAGCGUGAAGAUAGCAAUAUUUAUUCCAUUGUUGGCCCAAAUAACCAAGAAGUACGUAAAAAGGGACCUUGCAUCGUUAGUUUAUCAAAUGCCCUACCGCAGUUCAAGGGAAAUCAAAUCGCACCUGUUCAGGAAAUUAAUGAACAUACACAAGUAGAGGAGGAAGAUGAAGCUCAACCGGAACUGGACAUCAUAGUCAACAACGUUGUUGCUACAUUUAACACCAAAUGCCACUUAAAUCUCCGACAGAUUGCUUUGAAUGGGUCUAAUGUCGAAUAUAUUAGAGACAUGCAAGUGGUCGUUAUGAAAUUUAGGAAUCCAAAAAUUACAGCUAAAGUAUAUUCUUCUGGCAAAGUAAUAUGUACUGGUGCCACUAGCAACGAGGAUGCAAAGAGGGCUGCCAGGAAAGUUGCAAGAAGCUUGCAGAAAUUAGGAUUUAAAAUUAGAUUUACUGAGUACAAAAUUGUAAAUGUGUUGUGCACCUGCUACAUGUACUUUGGUAUCAAUCUCAACAAGUUUACUCAAAAGCAUAGACUUUUGACCAGCUAUGAACCCGAGUUACAUCCUGGAGCUACUUAUAAAGUUAAAGAUCUCAAAGCCACUCUAAAGCUGUACACUACAGGGAGCAUUACUAUAACUGCUCCUAGUACAGACAAUAUUCAAAGAGCAGUUGAACAUAUAUUUCCAUUGGUGUAUGAAUUCCGGACAGCAAAACCACCGUCUAAAAAAUCUCAAUACCAUAACUACCAAAUGUCUCGAAAAGCAAAGGGGGUGUUUCAAGAUGGUUUUUCAAGCUCUGAGGAUGAUAGUUAUCUCCAGAGUGAAUGGUAGUGAUAAAUAUUUGGUAGUUCCUAGACUAGUCUUAAUGCUAAACAGUCAUAUGUAAUUCUUGAAAUAAAACGUAUUAACAUUGUUGCUAA